AUGGACGGCAACUUUGUGCCCAAUAUCUCAUUCGGACCUAUGGUUGUCAAGGGGCUUAGAAACAAAGUUCCCAAGGAGAAGAUAUUUUUCGACUGUCAUAUGAUGGUUUCCAAUCCUUUGCAAUGGAUUGAUGACAUGGCUGCUGCCGGUGGUAACUCGUAUACGUUUCACUAUGAAGCUUGCUUAGAGCAAAAUAAUCAUGAGGAAGUUAUUAAGAAAAUCAGAGAGUCUGGUAUGAAAGUGGGAAUGGCCAUUCGUCCUAAGACUCCAGUCGAAGUUGUGUAUCCUCUUGUUGACAAGCUCGAUAUGGUCCUUGUCAUGACAGUUGAACCAGGUUUUGGUGGCCAGUCUUUUAUGGCAGAGAUGAUGCCUAAGGUCGAGGACCUUCGUUCCAAAUAUCCCAAUCUUAAUGUUGAGGUUGACGGUGGUCUAGGACCAGCGACUGUCAACCAAGCUGCUGAGGCGGGUGCCAAUGUAGUUGUAGCUGGUACCAGUGUCUACAAGAGCGAGGAUCCUAGCAAAACCAUCACUUUGUUGAGGGAAGCUAUUAAGAAGCAUCUCAUCAAAUAG